AGUCUGGGAGGGUCUUCCGCUGAGCACUGUGUGCCCAUCACACAUGGUGUCCACUGUCAGCUGCCCCUGUGAGUCCCUGUCCUUGUUUGGAGCCUGCUGCUUGUCUCAGAUCCUUGGACACAGCCCUGACCCCAGUCCAGCUAGGCUCGACCCUGGCCCGUCCUCCUUGGAGUCUCUUUCAGCCUAAGAUUUCCAACCAGACCUGCCCGCCAUGUCGGCUGCGCCCGGCCUCUUGCACCAGGAGCUGUCCUGCCCGCUGUGCCUGCAGCUGUUCGACGCGCCCGUGACAGCCGAGUGCGGCCACAGUUUCUGCCGCGCCUGCCUGGGCCGCGUGGCCGGGGAGCCGGCGGCGGAUGGCACCGUUCUCUGCCCCUGCUGUCAGGCCCCCACGCGGCCGCAGGCACUCAGCACCAACCUGCAGCUGGCGCGCCUGGUGGAGGGGCUGGCCCAGGUGCCGCAGGGCCACUGCGAGGAGCACCUGGACCCGCUGAGCAUCUACUGCGAGCAGGACCGCGCGCUGGUGUGCGGAGUGUGCGCCUCACUCGGCUCGCACCGUGGUCAUCGCCUCCUGCCCGCCGCCGAGGCCCACGCACGCCUCAAGACACAGCUGCCACAGCAGAAACUGCAGCUGCAGGAGGCAUGCAUGCGCAAGGAGAAGAGUGUGGCUGUGCUGGAGCAUCAGCUGGUGGAGGUGGAGGAGACAGUGCGUCAGUUCCGGGGGGCCGUGGGGGAGCAGCUGGGCAAGAUGCGGGUGUUCCUGGCUGCACUGGAGGGCUCCUUGGACCGCGAGGCAGAGCGUGUGCGGGGUGAGGCAGGGGUCGCCUUGCGCCGGGAGCUGGGGAGCCUGAACUCUUACCUGGAGCAGCUGCGGCAGAUGGAGAAGGUGCUGGAGGAGGUGGCGGACAAGCCGCAGACUGAGUUCCUCAUGAAAUACUGCCUGGUAACCAGCAGGCUGCAGAAGAUCCUGGCAGAGUCUCCCCCACCCGCCCGUCUGGACAUCCAGCUGCCAAUUAUCUCAGAUGACUUCAAAUUCCAGGUGUGGAGGAAGAUGUUCCGGGCUCUGAUGCCAGCGCUGGAGGAGCUGACCUUUGACCCGAGCUCUGCGCACCCGAGCCUGGUGGUGUCUUCCUCAGGCCGCCGCGUGGAGUGCUCGGAGCAGAAGGCGCCGCCGGCCGGGGAGGACCCGCGCCAGUUCGACAAGGCGGUGGCGGUGGUGGCGCACCAGCAGCUCUCCGAGGGCGAGCACUACUGGGAGGUGGAGGUUGGCGACAAGCCGCGCUGGGCGCUGGGUGUGAUCGCGGCCGAGGCCCCCCGCCGCGGGCGCCUGCACGCGGUGCCCUCGCAGGGCCUGUGGCUGCUGGGGCUACGCGAGGGCAAGAUCCUGGAGGCGCACGUGGAGGCCAAGGAGCCGCGCGCUCUGCGCAGCCCCGAGAGGCGGCCCACGCGCAUCGGCCUUUACCUGAGCUUCGGCGACGGCGUCCUCUCCUUCUACGAUGCCAGCGAUGCCGACGCGCUCGUGCCGCUUUUUGCCUUCCACGAGCGCCUGCCCGGGCCCGUGUACCCCUUCUUCGACGUGUGCUGGCACGACAAGGGCAAGAAUGCCCAGCCGCUGCUGCUCGUGGGUCCCGAAGGCGCCGAGGCCUGAGCCGCCGGAUGGGUCGGGGAGGGGUGCAGGGGCCUGGGUUGGAGCUUAGGUCUCCUUGGUCGGGUCUGACGGGAGAAGGGUGGGGAGCGGGUUGCCAGGGCCCAGGGGGCUGGGAACUGGGGGAUCUCCCAGAAUACUGACAAGCAUGGGGUAGGACUGGCUUGGUGGCUCAUGCCUGUAAUCCCAGCACUUUGGGAGACGGAGGCGAGUGGAUCACCUGAGGUCAGGAGUUUAAGACCAGCCUGGCCAACAUGGUGAAACUCCUCUCUACUAAAAAUACAAAAAUUAGCUGGGCGUGGUGGCCUACGCCUGUAAUCCCAGCUACUUGGGAGGCUGAGGCAGGAGAAUUGCUUGAACCCAGGAGGUGGAGGUUGCAGUGAGCGGACAUUGCGGCACUGCACUCUAGCCUGGGUGACUAGAGUGAGACUCUGUCU